AUGGAGGGCCUAACGGAAAUACGCCAAGUGACCACAUCUAUGGAGGCGAAACUUUUCACCCCGAUCACAAGAAUGGACGAGGCUGAAAAGCGAAUCGAGUAUCUGGAAGCAGCCAAAAAAGAGCUGCAGACUAACCCGUCAGCAUCCAAAACUGAUAUGAAGGCCUUCAGUAUGACCACAAAGUCAUGGAUGCUGCAGGUCCUGUAUGUUUGUAAGUGCACAUACCCUAUUCAAGCGAGGAUCUGGGCCUGGAUGCUGUCUAUACCUUAUAGCCCACCUGAAGAUGGACCCGUUGGACUUAGAGACAGAGAGACGGAGAUGCCAGCAAACACUUGUGACCAGGACCGUGCCUGUGGAAAGGGAUUUUCCUGUGACCGCCAUUUUGGCCUAUGUGUCCCUCUGAGGCAGGAAGGACAGUACUGCAGGCGAGACACUCAGUGUGUGCGAGGGCUCAGCUGCAUGUUUGGCAGGUGCAUCAGAAGCAUUCCAGAUGGGCAGGAAGGGGCUCGAUGUAAAUUUGACAGAGACUGUGCAGCAUCUAUGUGCUGUGCCUGUCAUCAUGGCGAGAGAGUGUGCAAGGGUCGGCUGGUAUUGGGUAAGAGCUGCUUUGUGCCUGAUGGUGGACUGGCAUUCAGCAUCAACCAGAUCUGCCCAUGUGAAGAGGGUCUGUUAUGCCAUGGCCAUGGAGAACAUCUUAAAAGAGAAGCCCAGCGGGCCGGAGAGUACCAGAUACUGAUGGAGACUUCAGACAGAGUGCUGGGGGCCGUACUCUCACAGGUGGUGAAGGUGGAGGAGCGCCGAGUUCUGUACAUCAGCCGCAAGCUCUCCUUGAGCAAAACAUAG